GGUGAGUAAUUAAUGACAUAAUUUAAAUUUUUGGGUGAACUAACCCUUUAAAACUGGAAAUAUGUGAGUAAAAGUUACAAAAGUUACCUUUAAUAUUAUAUUUCAUGAACAUGAAAUUCAUUGGGAAGUUCAACUAAAAUUGCGUACUCUCUUGUGUAAAACAAAGUUGAAUUGUGAUUGAGGACUUUUUUUAAAGACCAUUAUACAAUGAAACAGUAAAAAGUAUUCUAGAUUUCAGUUAUUAACAUUCUAUGACUAUGUGAUCAUGAAGCCCGUCUCACAGCCAAAACCAUUGAAAGUUCUGCUUUAGUUGAUGUCAUGGCUUUGUUUCUCGAACAAUCACUGCUACUUUGAUUCCAGCAAAAAUAGUCAAGAUAGCGAGUGGAAAGGAGAGAGCUGACAGCGAGAGAACCGACUGAUAACAGCUGGCUUUGUAAUGGAUGUUAAAACUGGAUUAUAUGGAUUUAAACAAGAAAUCUGUUAUAGGCAGCCAAGCAGAAUUGCAUAUGAUUGAGUUUUACCAACCUGGCUUCGGAUUUGUAAAACAAUAAUUAAUUUGUUUUCCAGAACUACGCCAUGUGCCUGCCAUUUGACAGUAUCUCAUCCAUUUAUGUUUUAGCACUCCACAAAGUUCAAAACAUUGGAAAGAAUGAAAUAAGAAAAACACUGGAUAAAAAUCGAGCAUUUAACUUGGAAAAAAAAAAGAGAGAGAUUGAAAUUGAGAUCAAAAACAGACCCCCUAUUCCCAAAACAAGUUCAACUCAAGUUAAAUAUGAGAAACGUUUUAUUCAAGUUAGUAUUUCCCAAAGGUGUAUUUAUCUAUGUGGCUUAUUUUUUGUUUACCAGACCCUCAGAUUACUCAAAGUGUCUAUAAACACUAUUUUUUUAUGCUUUGUGCAUUGCUAAUGGACAUGAUAACCAAAUCAAAAUAUUUUUCUAAAAAUUAACACUUUUAAACACUUCAUUUUCUGAUGAAGGGACUGUGUACACUUCAUUUAAUGUAGUCCCAUCCCUCUUAUCAUCUGCCCUUGUCCAAUAUCCCAGCAGGAGCAUGUGACCAAGAGAAAACAGCUCUUUUGGCAGCGAGUGCUUAGGCACAUAUGGAGCUUAUUGCACACCAGUCACUGCUGCCAUGAGCCCACCAUUGCAUCUCUCACUUGCUUAACCUGGAUCACACAUGCAUGUUCCAGGAAGCUGAGUGUACCUCUGGAUGAUGACCGGCUGGCCUUGCUCCUCUGGACCUGCUCCCCAAUGCAUAAGCCCAUCCAGUCCUAGUUUAGCUUUUAUCCAACUUUCAAUCAACUUACAACACACUUAUUGUUCCCAUGAAGUUAGGAUUAACCCUCAAGUUACAAGUAAGUGUCUUGAGUAGUAGCCUCAUGGGCCGCACUCCUACACAUGGUGUGUUUGAGCUUCAUGUCCUUUCUGAUCCCCCCCCCCUCUCACCACUUUGCUUCUAGUCUACUCUCCAACUGUCCUAUUUAAUUAAAAAGUUGAUCUAUAUCAAUUAGUAUUUAAACUAUGAUACUGCAGCCUUAUUUCCACAGAGUCAAAAACAGCUGUAAAAAUAGCUGUUCGUGGACAAAUUAAAUAACUAUAAAGUGUAUUCACAUCUACAAGACCAAAAGAGCCCAUUGAAGAUAGUUGAAGAAACACCCAUUUAUGUGAGCAUCCCGAAGUGGCAGCUGCUGCUUCUCGCUUAUGCUGUUGGUUUGCAUACUGUUUUGUUUUUGAAUUUGUCUGUGUACCUUCCACUUGGUUGCUUGGACUAAUUACAAUUGGACAUACAGUUCCAAUUACAUACUGGAACUAAUCAUUAGCCAGACUUGGAUUUUACAUAUUGCCGAAAGAUCCUGCUCACCUUAUCUGCUCACUAUCUAUUCAACACAGUUGCUCAAUAAGUCUCGAUUCUCUAAAAUCAUAUUGCAACAACUCCCAGCUACAGGAUAUAUAUCAUUUCUUACAGUUUACCAUGGAAAUAUUAUGAGUCAUGAUAACCUUCUGUCCUUAAGCAUUUGCAGGAAACUCCUGCAGCUGCCUUACUGUCCAUAGGCUCUCCCCGAACCCUGUUUAUGCUAUCUCUCUCUUAAAAGUUCAAACACUCUUUUCCUCAGAAUUUUACAAAUAAAAUUAAUUGUAUCUAACUUUACCCCAAAGAUCCUUCACAUUAGAUCUUUUCCCGAAAUGCUCUGUUUGUGUCUAGUAAGUGUCUAUUAUUACUUUUCACUUGAUAAACUGUCUUGCUUUUGUUACACUUGCAGUACAGUAAAAAAGCCACAUUUAGCAAAAUCUGGCUUAGACCCAUUCAAUUUCUGUAAUUAUAGACCAAUACCUGAUCUCUCCCACCUGGUCAUACCCCCCUGUUUUUGCUUCAUAUAUACACUUCCUCCUAUUUAUAGUCAAAUGCACUGUAUACUGAGAUGGCUCAAUCUCCUCUCUGUGUAUUCUGUUACCCCCUAGUGAUAUAAUGCUGCUACAUUUUGUUAUUGGACCACUGGUACAGCUCUUUGCUGGUUUACAUCUUAGCUAAUGGGCAGAAAAUGUUAAUCUGUAUUCAGAAUUACAAAUCAGCUGCUCCCCAAAUCAAGGUGUCCCCCAGGGUUCAGUUCUUGACUCUCUUUAGUUUUGCAUUACAUCUUGCAUUUGUUGAUCAUAUGCUUGAUUUUAUGACUUGUUGACAUAAAGAUUUGACUUACUGUGGUGUAAUAAACAUUGUUGCAAAUUGUGCUUAUGAAAUAUGUUGCAAAUUGUGCUUGUGAAAUAUUUCAUCAAGGUAACAUUUUAGCUGGAUGAAACGGACUAGGAUUUGUUGAAAGUGCUAAUUUUGGUUACGUCAGUUAAAAUGAUUUCAAGGUUCUUAAUAUCUGUCAGGUAAUGUAAUGCUUAUCUGUAGGAACAUGAUCAUUUAGGCACGGUCCUCAAAUCCGGUUUGCUUUGUGAUAGCUAAUUAUCCCAAAUUAAAUGUGAUAAAAAUCCAAAAAGAAACUAAAGUAAGGAAAGGAAGAUGAACAACAGUGAUACAGAGAGAACAAUUUUCCCUAGGACAAGCUAAUGAGAAUCUGUCAUCAGAUUUCGUGAAAAGAAAAGGAAAAAAGGAAGAGAAUUUCAGCAAGUUCUCCUCAUAGGGAGUCAUCACCUCCUUUAAUAAGAGUCGGGCAGGUGUGUUUCCCUUUUCCAGCUGCUGAGAGAGAGAAUGUGUGUACAGGAGUGGAGAGUGAAGGCUAGACACAGAAGGACUCUGCAGAGGAAAGCUGCUCCAGAGAACUGAUAGAUUGAGAGGUGGAAGCACUAGAUGUUUUGAGGCUUUGGACUGGAGGGAAAAAUCAUUAAUGGAGUUGUCAGCAGAGAGUCUGAAAUGAAGGUAGAAAUGAGUAACCCUAAAAAGCUCGAGACAGUCUUAGUCAGCUUCACUUAUCUUUCUGGGCUGGGCUAAGUUCUCUCUCUCUUCACUAGUUCUUUCUCUUCUCUCUUUCGCCCUCUCCUUGCAUAUGAGUGUAAUAAGAGCCAUGCGUUGAGUUGUGGAUGAGAGGCGUCAGUUUGUAAGAGUGAGAGGAGCAGGGCAAGAACACACACACACUGAGCUGCUGGGAGUUUCAGCGCUGCUUGCAAGAACGUAGAAUUGGAGUGCCGGGACUGGGGGCUGCACUGCUCCGUUGCACUCUCUCUCUAUCUCUCUCUCUUUCUCUCUCUCUAUCUCUCUCUCUCUCUCUCUUCUGGGUCUAAACGUGCAGCACAGGAACUGCAGCGGCAGAUAUGAACCUCUCACUUUCCCAGACUUCACAAGCAUGUAGAUCACAAAAAUGACAUGAACAUUCCAUCAUCAGGGAAAUGAAGAGAUAAGAGAAGGAAAUAAUCCUGAGCUUCAAGCUUUUGUUACUGCAGGCCUAUUGAUUCUGACUGGAACACAAUGUGUCCAUGUCACAGCCUGUGCAGAUAAGGACCAGCGUGCUGAACUAGCCACACCGGCAUCAUGACUGAAGAGACUAAACAGUCCUUGGCUGCCAAAGAGCUGGAUAAUGAGUCCAAAAAACAGGAUAAGGGGGCUGUGGAGCACAAAAGCUUAACAGAGUCCCCUGAGCACUUUCAAAAUGUGAGUCUGGAGCCACAGGCUGUGAACAAUAUUGCUAAGUUUGCAGAAAAAGAGAGAGACAACACGCAGCAACGUGAGGCUGUGAUUCGGCCACAGCAGGCUGGUAAGAUUGAUUUUAAGUCACUGCAGAAUCAUUCGUUCAAUAGCAACAGGACAUGGCCUAGCAGCAAGGACAGCCCUCAGUCACCUAGUGGAAAGAGUCGCAAUAGAGACAAGAGUAGAAAGUCAGGGAAAGAGCGUGGCAACCCGCAGCAGUUGUAUAGACUGAGUAUUACAAACCCACGCUCAAAUCCCACAAUUGGGAUAGCCUAUCCCCAGCAGAAAGUCUCACCUCCAAAGAAGCUUGAGUCCAACAGAGGUCCUGUCUCAGGCAGCUACCGCUUCCAUGUGCCAAGUAUUCCAGAGCGAGAAGCUGAACUACAGCAGGAAGAACUACAGUUCAGGUGCUUCCAUGAGGGCUCGCCUAACCUUACUUCCCAAAGUUAUACCUCACAGGCUGUUGGCGCCACCUCUGGAGGACCUGCUCACCAGAAUCCACCAUCUACUCCGCAAAAGAAGCCCAGCCCAAUCGAGAGCAACAGUACACAACCUGCCAAUGAAACCUUAUUUCCUGACUUUCAGCUGAGUGAAACAGACACGUGGCAGUCUCCAGAUAGGACUUUCAGAAACACUAGUUUUGGCCUUACUUCACAAAAGCCAAACAACCUUGUGGACUUGAACAAGACCAGUGGCAGUUUUAUGCCUAUGCCAUUUCAGUAUGGAUACCCAUUGUUAGAGGAGUCAGCCUCUGAUUCAUUUCCCAGUGAUCGGAAUACACAGUCUCAAGAUUACAUUGAUAUUUCUCUUACCCCUAACCAAGUUUCCCAUAAUUCAUUCUCCUUUCCUUCCUCUUCAGAAGGCCAUGAAGCCAUGCAAACUAGUGCACAGUUUGGUAAUGACCAGGUAGAGGACAGGCAGUCAUACCAGUUACACCCUAAACCACCCCAGUACAUGCAGACACCACAUGUUAUGUCAUCUUCUGUUCCCAGCAAUGAUGAGAGCACAGCAUCAAGCACUCACCAAACAGAGCAGAGUAAGAGUGUUCCAGAUAAAUCUGAGUCUUUUAGCCCAAUAGACAGCAGAGACACAGGCUUCGCAGUAGUGGGCAAGAGAGGCUGCCAUCUUAAAAAUGGCACCACCAGCCAGAGAGUUCUUAUUCAAGGCAGUGUUCAUCAUAUUAGAAAUAUUGCACAAGGUUCAAGUUCACAAAUACAUGUAAUUAGCCCCCCACAUAAUGGUAUUCACAUCAGCCCAGGGCCUCUUGACAAAAGUGCCAGUAAACACCACGGCAGGGUAUCACACCCAUGGGAAGGACCAAACAAAAACUUUCCACCACCACUCAUAGACCAGACCUCCACACCUUACCCCUUUCAGUACCAACCUGCACCAGAACAAAGACAAAACACUGGCAUUAAUGGCUGUAUGCCUUGGCAGCAAAUACGCUUCACAACUGCCAUGCCAAACCAAAACAGGAUUGAUCUCUCCAGGCAAUUGAGCAAUCAGCAGCUUACUUUUUUGAUAGGCCCAUCAGACUGGCAAGAUGACAGUAAGCCACACAAAAACAGCAACCAUAAAGAUUCUAACAACUUUCACAACAAAAAGAAAAAUGAGAGCUUCUCAAACCAAAAGCAGGACAGUGUCAAGCAAGGCUGCAAUACAAUUCCACCCUGUCAUUUUACAAACAAGGUUGAUACAAAUCAACCUCAGGUGGGUGAUACCAAAAAUAAGUCGUUAUUCUUUGGUAUUAACCACCCAGUGCCAGUGACAUCAAGAAACUGUAGCUACCCUCCAUUACAUGUAGCACCCUUAGGGCUGAAGAUGGUGUCACCAUAUGACUCUCCUUCACAUUCACCUACUCAAAAUCCAGCAUCUAGCAGUUCGUGUUCAGCACUCUCCCCAGCCUCCACAAACUCUGUCAACAGUAACUCUGAUGACAGCCAAAUUUCAAAGGUUCUGUCCCCUCAGUUUUAUCAGCAGCAACAGGAUAAAGUAUUGAUAUCAUCCAAUAGCAUGAACACUAAUCAGCAUCUCUAUCAUUCCGAAGCAUCCAGAGGCUUGCACUAUAAACAAGAAAGAGCCAAAGAGAACACGGCAAGUUUCAUGCCACAUAACAGGCAUUCAAAGUCCAACAUGGACAACGGGAAAGGUUGUUUGGAGACCUACAGAACAGAAAACCAUCCCCCACCUCCAUACUCUGCCCACCAACUCGCCACAUCAUUAGUCUCCGCAAACCUUGACCAACUGGAUGUGCUUCUGACAUGCAAGCAAUGUGAUCAGAAUUUUAAUAACCUUGUCUCUUUUCUUGACCAUAAGCAAUACUGUGGACAGCAUACUUUUGCACAAAAUGACUUAAAAGAUGUGCCAAAAGUGGAAGACAUAAGGAAGUUUCAGACAGACCACACAAAAGCCAUGUCAUCUGGAUCCAGUUACGCAAUUUUGCGGAGUUCUUCAGAUUUGCAUCUGUCUCUGCUUGGACUGAACAAGAAUGGGGAAAUAGUGCCAGAUAAUGAAACCAAAGGAGAUAUAAAAGAUGAUUCAAUGAAACUGAUGCUACCAUCUGCACCCCUGCCAGAUUUAGAAAUGGAAGAUCCAAAAUUGGAUAGCCUUAUCACAGAGGCUCUGAAUGGACUAGGCUAUCAGUCAGACAACGCAGAAAUUGAUAGCAGCUUUAUUGAUGCAUUUGUUGAUGAUGACCUCACCACUACUAAGUGUACAACAAGACAGACUUUGACUACCAAAGACUCCACAAUAUUUGAAGGUAGAACUAACAAUGAAUCAACAUCCAGUGAGAGAUCUCAGGCUCACUGCAAAUAUCCCUUUGACUCAGACUUAGACAGCCUUAGUUCAGAUGGUAAACACACAGAUAGCUCUUACAAAGAAAGCCAACACAAGUUGAUACAAAAGGAAGGCCUCAAAGCAGAAUCCUCUCCAACAGAGUCCCAGGCACAGGAGUCAAAUUGCACACAAAUUGAGUGGGAAGCUAAAAAGUCAGAACAAACAGAACACGAAAAUGAUUACAGUUCUAAGUUUCUUUUAUCAAGCAAGUUUUCUGCAAGAUGUGGGCUUAAAAGCUUGCAAAGCAGCACAGCAUUAGUUAAAACAUGUCCCAGAUCCACCUGUGCCAAUAAAAGUCCAACAGCUCAGAAACCAAUAUCAACAGAAGGAAAAAGGAAAAGGACAGGUGGUGGAAGCUGGAGUAAAGAGCUUAUUCACAAAAUUGUUCAACAAAAGAACAAGUUGCAUAAACUCCAUGUAAAGGGCACCAAAAACAUGCAGUUUUCACUUGUCAUGGAGAGAGUGACUCCUGCAGUGCAGAACCCUACUUUCAGGGAAUAUGACUAUGUUUCUGACUCGGAUGACGACUGUGAGCCUGUGAAGAUAGCCAGUCAGGGACGUCUCAGCCAGAGCAUUCGCUGCAAGUACACAUACACUAAAGAGUGUAAGGGGAGGAUUCGUGCUGACAAGAGUCGGGAAAGUUCAUGGAAACAAAACAAAAAUGAAUGCUUUGAUCCAAAGAAAGAUUUGGAUGUCUCUCCAUCCUUGAUGAAAGACAACCCUGGUCACCAAAGGCUACGAAGACGGAGCAGUAGGUCUUCCACAAGCAGUGAACUCAGCACAUCAAUAAGUAUUUGUAGCGAUAGCAUUAGCAGCCCAAAAAGUAUUGAUCAUACAGAUUCAGACUCUGAGAAACGAACAGAAGUGCAGAGGAAAGAUCAAGACUCUCUUGAGCAGAAUGUUUACGAGGAAUCCCCACCAAGGAUACGGAAAGAGUCUAGCACAUCACUUGCUUUGACCUUCACAAAAAAUACAAAAAGGUACAGCACUGAUAAGAUACUACUCACUGAGCACAAGGAUCGAUUCACUACUUCAAAAUGUUCAAGCAUUAUCUGUAAGACUGAAGAGACUGCAUCGGAACGUACAAUGACUAAAAGUACUGUCAGCCUCGCAAGAUUCAAAACCACCAGAGUGGAAAUAGAGGAAAAAGGGGACCAUUAUGGUUUCGAGGCAGGAAUUCUUGCAACAACAGAAGAGCCAUUCAAAAAAGAUUACACAAAAAAUAUCACAUCACCAAGAGGGUCAGGUAUGACACUGAAUCCAUUGGAAACCACAAACAAUAGAGAUUCUAACCAUGUUUUUACACUCAAAAAAGAUGCUGUUGCUUCAAAGGGUAAAUCCCACAAGAGAACAAACAGUUCUGAAUUUUCAGCACCCAUUUUUGAGAAAGUCAGCAAUAACAAAACAUCAAGUGAAGAAGCCAACAGAAGCUCAAAUUAUCUAUUCCCUGAACCCCCACCUUUUUGCACUUCACUUGUGGACAAAGUCUGCUUAUCACCUUCAAAAGUCAAUGAUGCUGCAGCACAAAAGGAUGUGCAAUGUCUCAUUUCCUAUCCUUCGGAACAUGAUCAAAGUCUUAUAAAGUCACCCCUUUCUUUUGACACAACAUCAAUGUUUGGCGACCUUUCUGUGGGAGGUUUUGAGAACAAUCUUUAUCCAGAUAUUAACCUUGCCAAAGAGAGCUUUAGUCCUCUGGAAACCACAACAGAUAAGAAGGAACUUUUUGAGUCAUCAUUCUCACCAUUCUUAGAGCAGAGAGACUGGAAUCUGAUGGUAGAUGUUAGUCCUGUGCUACCAGAUGAGAUUUCUCAGUACAAAGAGGACUCUGAUUCAAAUGAGAAUAAAACCAAUUUUAACAAUGUCCCAUUUGCUUUGUCAGAGAAAUUAAUCGACUACACUCCAAAUCUCAACAAUGUGUCAGUUGAUGAUCUGGAAAUAAAAAGAAUUGUUACAGAGCUUGAAAGUCAGCUGCAAACAGCCAAGCUCAGCAGUCCUCCUCCAUUAGACAGUGAGCUGCCAAAACAGCUUACCAUGAGCAAAUUCUCUCCACUGAGACUUGACCCUGAAAGUGAAGAUGAGGACAGUAGCUUGCAGAUAAACUGUUCCUCAGAGAACCUGGAAAUUGCCAGACCAGUAGACUCACAUUCAGCACUGUUCUCAGAACCUGACUUACCAUGGUCUAGUCCACUCCCAUUUGGACUGAUGUGUGGACAGCAAGGUCUUCAUACACCAACACAUUCCUCUACCAUCAACACACCAACUGAUUCAGGACAUGAACAUUUGGAUAUAAAGUGCAGCAUGGGGCUCACUGAUUUGAACACAAACAGUUCACCUCUGCACCUAGAAGACAAAACAGAAAAUAAUGAGUGCUUGGACAAGUCAGAAGAAAUGCUUGAACAUGAAAUUUACACAGAAAAUCUGAUGAAGAGCUUGGAAGUAAUCUCAGAUUCUUUGUCUUCAGGUUUUACAUCACCUCAGUCAUCUCCUAAUCAAGAGUGUGUGGUUCCUGAGGAACAUGAAAAACAAGACAAUGAACACUCAGAACACAUCGAGUCUGAACAUGUGGAAUUUAGAAACACAGAAACGGAGCUCACAAAGUUCCCAGUGGAGACAAACACAUUUUCAGAUAAACUAGAAGAGAAAACCAGUGACAUGUCAGAAAAUGAAACAAAAGCUAGCCUAAAUGAGACUUGUAAUGAAAAUCUUCAUAAUAAAGAAUUACUAGCUAAUGAACAACAGCUUGCUGAGAGCUCCUUUAAGAGUCCACAAACUGCAUGCUGUGUAAACUCAAAUGAUAUUGACUUAGAGAACUCUUCAGUCUCUAGGUAUGAACACAAGCAUGAGUCUUCUGUCAGCCAAAUUGAGAAUGCUGAUUGUGAUACACAGUUUGACGUAAAAGACUCAAUGUAUACUAUGCAAAGUCCAGACUUCUCCAAAAUAUCACACUUUUCAACAUCCCCAGCCAUACCAAAAGACAAAAACAUCUUGUUUAUUGAAAAAACACAGAAAUGUGAUGGAGAUUCAGCUCUAAUUGCAAAGCCAGAAAUAAUUUCUGAAGGCAACAGGCUGGCAUCUGACAAAACAGGUGGAUCAACAGACUGUCCGUCUGAUACAAACAUCCAUCCACCACUUUCAAAUAUCAAGUCUCCUCUUUGUCAAGACAACUUGUCAACCCAUUCACAAUUAAAUAAUACACUAAUACACACUAAUACACAUGUUUCUCCUAAACAUCUUCCUGUAGUUCAAGAUGAACAUGACUGUACAGACAGUGUGGAGAGAGCCAUGCCUGAUAUGACAUUUUCUGUGCAAUCAAAAUGUGAAGAGAAUCAAAAAAGGAACAUUGAGCAAAGUCCUCAACUUUAUACUAUGACUCAGGCACCACAGUUUUCUCACAACUCUAUCCAAAGCCCUUGUGAACUGAGAGAUAAUGGUUCACUACCAGGCACAGUUACCCCUGCACUGAGCAAAAACAGACAAGUCCUGGAAGACAAAAACUCGGAUCACAUAAAUAUUGGCAGGUCAGUAGAUACUUCUGAUUCAACAACACCAGAAUUAGAGAAUUCAUUUGUUCCCCACCAAAAUUUAGCAAAUAUCACAGAGAGUAACAUUUCUAGCUCUGGAACACUGCUGGCUGUGGAGGACAGCAUCUCAAAUCAAACUUUUGGUGAGACUUCUCAGCAUUCUGGGGCAUUGGAUGGCACUCAGGAUACAGGUGCACUAUAUGAUUCGAAACUCAGCCCCCUGAAUUACAGUGAAACAUGCUUCAAUGACUACAACUUUACCUCUAAAUGUUUUAACAAAGUAAAUGACCAGUCUGAUGUAAAAUCAAACACCACAGACAAUUACAUUCUCAAUGCCUGUGCUUUCUCUAUUGAAAAACCAUUGUCAUCCAGCCUACCGUAUAAUGCAAAUGAACCAGAGCCAAAUAUCCAGGGCCACAUGACUGGACUUGAUGUACCUGAAAACUCUAUAAAUGACAACAUCCAAAAUGACAUAAAAUUUUCAAAUGUCUCAGCGUCCUGCAGUAAUUACAUUGAGGAUGUCAUUACAAUUGACUCUGAACAAGUCUCAAAACUUAACCAGAGUGACAUGAAUGGUAGUCAUGUUCCACAUGAAACUGUUGAUUACAUGGAUCAGCAACUCACAAUUCUGAAGAAAGUAGAUUCUGAGAAGAUGGACAAUCAGAUGAUCACCAAUGAGCAUGAUGCAAUGCAGAGGUUCACUAUGUUAGAUGUUAAGGAGACAUCUAAACAUCUGAUACCUUGUGAAAAAGCAGUAUCCAUGGGUCUUGCAUGCACAUCUGUCCAAAAUGAAGGACAGAGUUUAAAGUCAAGCGAAACAAAACCCUCACCUAAAAAGAGUGGUACACAGAAUGCAAUUCAAGGAAAAUUUCAGUGUGAAAUAUGCGCAAUGUUCUUUCGUACACAACCUGGACUUAAAAGACAUAAAGCCAUGAAGCAUGUGGUAAAGACUGAAGGGAUUUCACCCAUUGAAAAUGUAAAUAUGAGUAGUCAAGCGUUCAUGCCCAUUUAUAAUAUGACACACCCAACAGAAAAAGCACUGAAAGAUAGCAUGGAUGUUAUGGGUCCAUCAGUUCUUUCACAUUCAAACAGAAGUGAAAUCUUAGAUGGACAAGGACAGCAAGCAGAUGCACAUUUGAUCUUUAAAGGGAUUGCAAGUGAUUCUGAUAUGUCAAAAAUCCCAAAAAGUUGUGAUACUGAUCAGACAACUCUUGUUAAUGAAAAAUCAAAUAACAGUAUUACCACAAUGAACAUCAGCAGUGAAAUAUUUGCUCCAGAAUUGGUAAAGCAAGACACUAUUUCAGAUGAAAUACUCAGUACUCUUAAAACAGAUAUUUUGCAGGCUCUCUCUCCAGAUUCCGCCUCAAUGGUGAAACAAAACUCUCCUAAGUCACCUGAAAAACAUAUUCCAAGUAGCAGUCACAGCUAUCAUGAAGUCAAUGUGAGAGAGGAACAGGAGAGCAUGGAAACUAUCAGCACUGAAGUGCAAAAGGAAGAAACAACUUCCACAGAGCCUUCCAUUUUGCAUAAGAAAAAUGAUACAUAUGACAUUGAUGAUGUUGUAAAGUAUUGUGAUAUUAACCCAAAAUAUGUUCAGACAGAAGACAUCCACUAUCCACUUGGGGAUUCGACUGUGGAUAUCAAGCGUGAGAACACUUGUUCUCCCACAGAAGACAGUCCCAUGCUUACUGGUACUUUAGGAAUAGGACCUGAUCUCAAGGCUUUCUUUGAUGAUGAAAGUACUUUUUCUGAGUUAUUCCCAAGAAAUGAUGACAGGAAAAGAAAGAAAUGUGCAAGGGUCUAUGGUAAAAGCAACAAAAAGCAAAAACAACUGUCCUGUUUAGUUUUAGAGUAUCCUCCCACUGGUGCCUUUAUUGAUAAGUAUGAGAAGUCUAAAGAAAACCAGUUGGGACCCAUGUUCACCAAUGGCACAAAUGACCCUUGUGAAUAUGAAACCAUAUCAAUCGACAAUGAUAAAAUGCAUGCAACGACUCCCAAAAGCUUAGUCAAGAGUUCUAUAGAGAACCCUUGUCAUUCAAAAGAUGACCUAAUAGAUCACCAGUCUGGUUAUAAGGAAAGUAUAGAAACUGGCAUUAAAGAAUUCUUAUGUGAGAAUGAAGGCACAAUUAGACAAUCCUUAGAGCACCAGGAUGAUUCACAUGAUUGCACUGUGCCAGAAAACAUAGUGUCAUCAGUUCCUCAGGAAGAUUGUAAACCAGAGGUUCCUGCUACAGCUUGCCCUCUCCGACUGGUCUGUGUUCAAGAAAAUGCCCCUUGUUCACCAAGCACUGAGAUGCCUUUGGUUGCGACCAUUGCAAGCACAGAACUGAAAGACCCUGUAAGACCUUGCAAAAAGCCUAGGGAGCGGAAAUGUAGGAAACGAAUAGAACCUGGACUCAAACCAAAGGAUAAGCAGUACAAAUGCAAGGUGUGUUUCACAUGGUUUCUCACCUUAGGUGAACUCGACUUCCAUAAGCUCUCUCACAAUCCAUCACCUCCCCCAACUUGCUAUAUGUGUGUCCAGCGCAAGUUUAGCUCCCGGGAACAGCUUAGGGACCAUCUCAGGGAGAAACAUGCCAAAAACAAAGCAGGUGUUUGGACUUGUGGCAUGUGUUUAAAAGAAAUUUCAGAAGUCUGGAUGUACAAUGAACACUUGCGUGAGCAUGCCACACAGUUUGCACGAAGAGGGCAGUCUCAAAGUUCCCUCUUGGACAUGCCUGGGUGUUUCAUGCAGGAGAAUGCUGUGAAGAACUUCAUAUCUUCAAUAAUGCAGCAUCGACCCAGCAAACCUGUAAGAGACUAUGUUAAACCAUCAUCUAAGGAAGAGAAAAGAACAUCUUUUGAUGUUAAUGGACAAGAGCCAAAGAUUCCAGAGGAGUUUGAUUCCACAAGCCCGAAGACUAAAACAAGUAUUGGGGGAGGAAGUAAACAUUGUGCACUUGAGGUUUUACCUAAAGCAGAGACUUCUUCCAAAAAUGUUGACAUGCAUCCGAACUGCAAAGACCCUUCAAGGGACUGUCACCAUUGUGGCAAGCAGUUUCCAAAGCCUUUUAAGCUCCAGCGUCAUUUAGUGGUCCACAGCUUGCAAAAGAUUUUCCUUUGUCACAAAUGUCCAGUGUCCUACCAAGAGGCAAAGGAGUUUAAAGACCACCUUAAAAAUGAACAUGAGGAGACGGAUGAACCAGACUCAAAGCACACCACACUAUAUACUUGUGAACUCUGUGCUGAUGUCAUGCAUGUAAUAAAGAAGUCCUUCAUCUGCAGUACCUGCAACUACACAUUUUCAAAAAAGGAACAGUUUGAUCGUCACAUGGAGAAACACCUUGCUGGAGGGAAAAAGAUCUUCAAGUUCAGGGGAGUCGUGAGACCUUGCAAGCCUUUUAAUUCAAAAGAUGAAAAAUCUGACACACCACCAAGCAAGAGAAGGAAAGCAACUGAGAGCAGCUUAGACAUCACAGCAUCACAAAUGCAAGGCAUCAAAUCAGUGUUGCCCAUCAUAGAUGACACUGUACAGAACAGUACUGAGGAACAUUCUACAAAAACAAACAAUACCAGUGUGAAAAUUGAAGAUGAAGCUGAGGACUUCCCUGAAGUUGCCAGGGAUAUUAUUGAGUGUACAGUGCAAACAGAUUCUGUGGAACAGAGUCUUCCAUCAACAGAGCUGAAGGAAGAAAAUGAAAGCUCUUCUUCAUCUUAUGGAAUCCAGGCAGAUGAGCCCAUGGAAGUCACUGACAAGGGAGCUCUGAUUGAGAUUUGUGAAGUUAAAAUAGAAGAUGACUGUUGCACAAUUCCAACAACAUUGUUAGUUUCUGAGAUUGACAUUUCAAGCAUUACCAAACAUAACGAAGACAGGGUGGAGACAAACACUUCAGUAAGCCUUGAAAAUGCAAGUGAACAAGAGGAAAUAAGGUACUCGAGUCAAUGCACCAUUCAAUUGUGCAGUCAAACAGACAUAAGUUUACCAAAACAAGGCAUGCAAGGAAUGCAAGGGCUCUCAUCUUGCAAUGACUCUGAACUCUCAUCUGUGAAGCAGUCUUCAAAUGAGACAAGCUAUUUGAAGCAGGAUCAAAUAACUGAGGCUUUAUUCUCCAUCAAGAGAAAUGAGAAUAAACAAGAUGUUCACGCACAUAACAGUGAACAGCUGACUAUUGCUAUGGCUAAACACGUAACUAUGGUCACAUCUGAGGAAACUAUAAAACAAAGUCUUGAAAAUAACCUAAGGUGUCUUAGUACCACUGAUUCAGCACGUCACACCAACAGCUCUAAUACAUGUGAAGACAAGGACUCAACCAAGCAACAGAAGAGGAAGAAAGAUCUUAAGACACCCCAAAGCUCUCAGAGAACACCAUCUCCAACUGCAAGGGAAAAUCUGGGGAUUGACCCAAGGGCCAAAAAGAAGUUUAGACCCAGCAGGUGUGAAAAUAUUGAUGGACCAAGAAAAAACGAACUUCCCAAUGACUAUCCAGUGCUUACAUCCGUAAAGGAUGACACAGUCAGUAACAAAAUAAUCUCCAAGCAUAAAAUAGGGUCGUCUAAUCUGGGUCUUCACCUAAAGAAAGGUUCUGUAGAUAGUUUCUCACCAAAAAAGGUUGAGAUGGUACGCCACUUCACCGGAGAUUGCAAAGGGAAAAAGAGCAUUCCUAGGGGACCCAUCCAUUCCCCUUCUUCCAGGAUCUCCACACUGAACAAUUCAUAUAACAAAUCGCGGUCCAAACCAGGGGUCAGAUCUAUAGAGACUCACUCAUACCGUACUGCAGAGUCACAAAACAACCUCCUCAGCCAGCUGUUUGGCCAAAGACUAACUAGCUUUAAAAUUCCUUUAAGAAAGGACACUUCUGAAUCAAUUAAGGAUUAAAUGAAUGCUAUUAACGAGGAGGUAAUUAAGUGAUCCACUAGGCAUGUGAUUAAGGCAGUUUAUUCAUGAGACUAGGAUUGUAUGGCCCUCCUCUGUGAAAUCAUUUAACUCCUUGUUUAGUCACUUUAUUGCAUUCCUCUUGUAAAUGUGUAUUUACAUAUAUGUGAAGACCAACAACAAAAUGUAUGAAUAUAGGAUGAAUAUGUUGGUUACAAAUUUAUUUUCUCUAUUUUAUAGUGGAGCAUUAUCUCUAAGAGACUGUAUUUCAUCAACAACAAAGAAAGGUUUUUGGAAAAUAAUUUACUUGAAAAUUAACUGAGAAUAUUUGUUUUCCAAAUAAUGCAUGACACUUUAACAUUACAUGUUCUUAGAUGUUUUCCUAGCAGCAGGACCAAAAGACAUCCUAAGUCUGGAUCAUGUCAAUGUGCUUUAUUUUAUAUGCUUCAGAGAAUUACUCCUUCAUACUCUUGUACUUUACUGUAUUGCGGAGACACUCAUUAGUAUUAGCUUUUGUAUCAUCACUAAUUGGUGCUAUGUUAUUUUAUAAUUAUUAUUAUUAUUAUUAUUUGUGUAAUGUGAACACAAUGUCUUAUUACUGAAGGGAACAUGUAGCAAUUACACUCAUCAAAUCAUUGCUGGUACUCAGUUUUAGAGGAAAUUACACAAAAAUACUGUGUAAGAUUAAUCAAAAAGAAAGGGUUCAUUUGUGUCCUAAUUUGUUCAGAGGAGGGCAAGGGAAAAGCCUUUUCCAAAACUGUAUUUAGUUUGAUUUCAUCUAUAAUAUGAACUCAGGUGCUAUUAUUGCGCAUGAAACCCUUAAGAAUUCUUCCCAUGCACUGAUGUUACCAUACACAAACCCCACACAUGAUCACCUAUAUGUCCCCCAGUUCUUUAAUUAUUACUAUUUACUAGAACAAAAGGUGCUUUGUCAUGUUUAUAUGUAUCUUAUAUUGUAUAAUAUUGUAGGUUGAUUAUUUCCAGUGCAAUGCAUAAUGUCAAAGUUCUAUUUUAAUAAUGUGCAAAAGAUGAAGAGAAAAAAGGAAAGCAAAAUACAAAGCCUACUGAAGGCUUAUGAGUGGAUCACAAAGUGCAUCAUAUAAACUUGGUAAUUAAAUUUUUUUUUUUGCA